AUGUUAACACUACCAUUUGAUGAGUCUGUUGUAAUGCCAGAAUCCCAGAUGUGCAGAAAGUUUUCCAGAGAAAGUGAGGACCAAAAGCAAAUUAAGAAGCCAGAAAGCUUUUCAAAGCAGAUUGUACUCCGAGGAAAGAAUAUCAAAAGGGCCACUGGAGAAGACACAGAAAAAGAAGAGGAGGAAGAAGACAGAGAGGAGGAGGAUGAGAAUGGUUUGCCUAGAAGGAGGGGCCUUAGGAAAAAAAAGACAACCAAGAUAAGAGUGGAAAGGGUCAAAUUCAGGCGGCAAGAAGCCAAUGCUAGAGAAAGGAACAGGAUGCAUGGCCUUAAUGAUGCUCUGGACAAUUUAAGAAAAGUGGUCCCUUGUUAUUCAAAAACACAAAAACUGUCUAAAAUAGAAACUUUAAGACUAGCCAAAAACUAUAUUUGGGCUCUUUCUGAAAUCCUGCGUAUUGGCAAGAGACCUGACCUGCUCACGUUCGUCCAAAACUUGUGCAAAGGUCUAUCCCAGCCAACUACAAACUUGGUGGCAGGGUGCCUGCAGCUGAAUGCCAGAAGUUUCUUGAUGGGUCAGACGGGGGAAAGUGCCCAUCACACAAGGUCACCAUAUUCCAGCUUCUAUCCUCCCUAUCACAGUCCUGAGCUCAGUACUCCCCCGGGGCAUGGAACUCUUGACAAUUCCAAGUCUAUGAAACCCUACAAUUACUGCAGUGCUUACGAAUCUUUCUAUGAAAGCACUUCCCCUGAGUGUGCCAGCCCACAGUUUGAAGGUCCCUUAAGUCCUCCCCCAAUUAACUAUAAUGGGAUAUUUUCCCUGAAGCAAGAAGAUGCCUUGGACUAUGGCAAAAAUUACAAUUAUGGCAUGCAUUACUGUGCAGUGCCACCCAGGGGUCCCCUUGGGCAGAGCUCCAUGUUCAGGUUGCCUACCGAGAGCCACUUCCCUUACGACUUACAUCUGCGCAGCCAGUCUCUCACCAUGCAAGAUGAAUUAAAUGCAGUUUUUCAUAAUUAA